AUGAAAUUUCUUUUCCUCUCUUUGGAUCGGAGCGAUUUGCUCAGUAAACAGACGCGUUUUCCGUAUGCAGAGCUACUGCCUCUCAGAAAUUACCCACCAGCAGAAGAAUUUUGUUCUCGUCAUUAUCCUUUACCUCCUACGACCGUCACUCGAACAGUUGAAAUCCCAACCACUGCUGUUGUGACCGUCCCUAAGACCGACCACACAGCUACAUCCACUACCAGAAUUUUCACGUCUACUGUUUACAAGUCGACAGCAACAUCGUACGUCUACACGGCCACGGUGACAGCCACGUCCACAACUGGAACCUCGACUCAAACCGUCUACACCAAUACAGAGAUCGACACGGUCUACACUCAAACAAAUGUUGUUACCGAAUACACUUCUACGUCAACAGACUACCAGACUACUGGAACUGACAUAGUCACCGUAACCGUCGCUACACUUCCAACAACGACAACGACCGCGACCAUCACCAUCACGAGUUUUGCCACCCAGGCCGCGACGGCAACAGUCUCAUCGGGAACCAUCACAGUUUACACAACCGUUGAUACUGGUCUACAAAAGCGCCAUGAUUUCCGUGAUGCCCUGCUGCCAAGACUAGCGGCGUGUGAACGACAGACUUUGAAGACCGCAUGCUCGUGCAUUGACGUCCAUCCACCCACCCACACCGUUACAACCACAGCCAGGUGCACUCAUACAUCGUUCAAGACCGUCGGAAUCACCAAGACUGUGUAUGUCAUCGGUACCACGACAAAGAAUGCUGUGUCUACUACUACCAUUAGCACCGCAUCCAAAUUGAAACCUGGUUCUAAUACUAUUGAUGCAGACAAUUACCACCGCUAUCGUUUAUGUUGCCACCUGCAAGACGUAGAAACAGAUACUACCAAUCUCGAUUCCACUUCUACACUAUCGACCGUUUUUGUCACAGAGGUUCCUACAGCUGCCACGGCGACAAGCUCAGUGACCUAUUUCUCUCCAGUCGAUGUUGCCGUCACAACAACUGUGCCUACCACGCCAACCACGACCGUAGCAGUACCCGCUGCCACUACUACCGUCGCAACAGAUGUUGCGUACAGCCUUGUAUUUGGCCCACAAGAUGGAUGCGCCUAUGUGUUGGAAGCCGACUUCCUCGAUCAAUAUUCACAGGAUAUCCCCAACGGCACCACGCAUGAUGAAAGGGCAGCCAUCUGCGCCGCAUUUUGCGAUAGAACGCCUAGAUGCAAGACAUUUGGCAUGAACUGGUUCCCAACUUGUGGAGCAAAUGGCGAAUCGGUGUAUUGCAUUGCUUCUCAGGACUCAUGGGCAGGCUCAGGUACUAUGGAAUGCGGCAUUGGAACCGGGUACAAUGGAUGUUCCAUCUACCAGGAUGGUACUGUCUAUCAGUAA